ACACACUCAGGUAAAAUUUAUAUCUCAUCAAAGAUGGACCAAUAGUGGAACAACCAAUAAAGAAUGGAAUUCAUAUAACGCUUAUAGUUGGUAAUGAGCAGUAUUCAUAUAGACUCAUUUUUCGAACUCAUUAGCGCAGAAGUUGAGAAUGAAAGGUAUAGAACACAUCACUUCGAAUAGCUUAAUUCUGGUUAACACUGGCACGCUGCCAGCGUGCAGAUGUCGUGGCGCUGAUUCAAAAUAAAGGACAUAUGAAGAUUUCAUAUAUGCGGUGAUGUCUUGGAAAUAUAUAGAUGAUUUGCUUUUGAAAUUUAGUAAAAAUUCUACUGUACUGGGAAAGUUCUGGGUUGCAUGUGUUUUACUUUUCCGGUUAAUUGUCAUCACUGUAUUUUCUGAAAGUGUUUGGAGUGACGAACAAAGGGAAUUCACCUGUAAUACAAAACAGCCGGGCUGUGAAAAUAUCUGCUUCAACAAAUUCACUCCGAUAUCGAAUUCAAGACUAUGGGGUCUUCAAACAUUAGCAAUAUCACUACCAGGAGCGCUGUAUUUCACCUAUGUCGUCCAUGCUAUUGCUCAUGAAAAAACAAAGCUGGUGAAGACCACCAAAAAGAAAAAAGAAAAUGGCAAAGACGAUGUAUUUGACGAAGAAGAAUUUGAGUGCAUGCCAAAACGGAAAAGAUCUCUACGAAAACUCCGAGACAAAGUUAUUCCGUCGGAAUUACAGGAAAGACGACCAAGUCAACGAAUUUGGCGUUUAUAUAUCAUCCAAAUUGUAUUUCGAAUGUUGCUCGAGUGCACUUUCGUAAUUUUGCAGCUCAAUCUUUACCAUUAUAGGUGGAGAGUUCCUGAAGUAUUCAGUUGCAGUGAAUGGCCGUGUCCUCACACUGUCGAUUGUUUCAUCAGCAGACCACAGGAAAAAACAGUUCUUCUUACGUAUAUGUACGUGACAUCUGCUCUCUCGCUCGGAAUAAGUUUACUUGAAUUAUGGUAUAUUAUAUGGGUCUGUGGAUGGAAAACAUGGGAAAGUAGAUACGCAAUUACAAGAACAUUCCCAGAAAGAGAACGUCCUUAUGAACGUGAGCGAAUCCCAUCGUUUGAUGGAGAAAUAGGAAGUCCAAGAGCAAGUACAAGAAGAGCUCGGGCCACUGUCAGCUACCUGUGAUAAAACUAUCCUAUAUUAUUACAAUAUAUACGGCUGGAUUAAAUGUUUUUUCGUUUGUCAAAAGUAUCGAUUCAUAACAUUCUUUACCUGCUUGAGUCGACCGCCAGCGUCUCGGAAGGAGCAGAACUCCUUUGCUUCACUUCGACAUUGAAGCGUGUUUUAUCUGAUAUACAUUCAGGAAUCCAAAAUGGCCAAGGACAAGCUUCAACAUCUUACGCGAUAUGGAAGAACUGUAUAUUUAGUUUCUGAACAAAAUUAUUGGUAUCCAUGAUAAAAUGUCGGAAUUCACGUAACCUGCAUUUUAUUUAGGUUAUUUCAUUUUUUAAACCGUUAUUUUUGUGUAAAAAAUUAUUCCUUUCUACUCUCUUCAUAUGGCUUGGUAAUAUUUUUAUUUCGUUUUACUUCAUACCAAGAUUUUGUGACAAAAUAUUUGUAAUCUAUUUUACUUUCAUUGAUUUUCAACGAUUAUUAAAAUUAUUUAUUUGUGCGAAAUUUUUUCCUAAACUUAGAAUAUUUCAAAUGGGAAAAGAAAAAUAUUUUCCUAAUUUAAUUAUACUUUUUUUGUGACCAGAAAAAGCUGGAAAAUGAUGCUUGAAGUAGUUUUUUCAUUUUCGGGUUGAGUGUUAUCUUUAGACAGAAACAAGUUUCGCAACUUGGCCACUCGUCAGGAAUUUGAGAUGCCAUGUUUUAUUACUUUGAGAAAGUCUAUAUUUAAUUCAAUGCGGUCGGACGCCGUGUUUUAGUACCAGUUCUCGAUGGAAUUGAGAUUGACUAAACAAUCCUAUUCCAUCAAAAAGUGUCAAUCUCGUUUGUCUUGUAUUUUCCUCUACCGUGCGCUGCGCCGCCAUUCAUUUCUCCAAAUUGUCAUUCUACAGGAAGCUUAACGUGCCCAAAAAGUUAUGUAUCUCCACAAUCGAAUGGUGAAAACAAAGUACGACAUCCUAUAUUUACAUUGUAUGAUAAAAUUCAACUUCAUUUGAAAGUAUCUGUAAUACUUGUUUGUAAAGCAUGAUGAAUUAUCAUUGUAUUAGAUUAACUUCAGAACAAAA